GCGAAUCGAUCGAUCUCCGGCUGGUCGGCGUUGAGGCGGCGCUGGUGCUGAGCUGAGCGAGUCGCCGUGAUGGUUCGAGGGAAGACGGUGAUCAGGAGGAUUGAGGACACGACGAGCCGGCAGGUGACCUUCUCCAAGAGGAGGAGCGGGCUAUUCAAGAAGGCAAAGGAGCUGGCCAUCCUCUGCGACGCCCAAGUCGGCGUCCUCGUCUUCUCAAGCACUGGUCGUCUCUAUGACUACUCCAGCUCCAGCAUGAGAGGAGUAAUAGAAAGAUACCAACAGAUUAAAGAUGGUCAGCAACUAAUGAGCGCGAGCACGGAGGCCAAGUUUUGGCAAGCGGAAGCAGAACGUCUCAGAGAAGAACUGCAUAACUUGCAAGCAAAUCAUAGGCAGCUACUAGGACAAAAUCUCUCUGGCCUCGACGUGAAUGAUCUGAAGGAUCUGGAAAACCAGCUUGGAACAAGCCUGCUAGACAUUCGUGUAAAGAAGGAUCAAAUCCUGGUUGAUCAAAUUGAAGAAUUGAAAAGGAAGGAAAGCAUCAUGCACAAUGAAAAUGUGGAACUAAAACAUGAACUCAACACGAUUCGUCAAGAGAAAGUUAAUUUGCAUAGAAAGGUGUAUGGAAAACAAGAACUAAAUGCAGGACAGAGCUCUGUCACUAUGAAUAGCACCGAUGAUGAAAAGGAAAUUCGCCUGGAACUAAGCCAACCACAAGUUGCAGGAAAUAAGCAACCCAAAGCAACGGAAUUCAGAGGCUUCGAUGAGAUUCAUGACCUGCCAAAGAUGUCUGAGAAGAGUGAUUUAUGAACAAGCUAGAGGCCAGCGGCCAGCCAUGACUGUCACGAGAAAUUACCAUUUCAAGGAUUAUCAAUAUACAUCAUACUUGUUAGCGUUGAAGUGGAAAUUCUCUAUAGAUGGUGGAUGAACAACGAUGUAUUUCGUUAGUACCAUCUGAACAACUGUGAUUUUUUUGUCGAUGCCAUUCAUUGUGGGAUUCUGUACUGAAGGACUAUUAAUAAUCAUGGUCGGUCCGGAAAAUCUCAGC